AUGGGUGCACCUAACCAGAAAUGGACUCCUGAAGAAGAAUCUGCUCUUAAAGUUGGGGUCCUUAAAUAUGGGACAAUCAAAUGGCGUACAAUUCUUAAGGAUCCAGAAUAUAGUGGACAAGUGGAGAAACAUGACAGUGAUGACAAAUGGCUGGGUUCUAGAGAUAAAGCAAGGUUGACUUUGAAAAGAGUGGUUCAGGCCCCUGUGCAAGAUGAGAAUAUUGUGGUUGUUACCUUGACAGCUAAAAGUCAUGAGGAACUUCCUGGAGCAAGGCUAGCCACAACUUUUAGUAGCUCUCCACAUAACGGUGGUUCAAGAAGAACUCUCCUAAGGUACUCAAAACUGAUAUGUGUUGAUAAAAUGGCUGGACAUCCAUACUUCACAAGGUCUAAAGACCCCAAAGAUUCCUUCUCCGACCAAUGUUUGUCAAAAGGCAAAGGAAAAGUGGUUGAAAAUGUUGAUAACACUAAUUUGACCGAAAUUACUAUUGCUGAAAUGAGGGCUGAAAUGGAUAAGACUCGAGAUUUGACGAAUCUGGCUAUUGUUGCCAACAUUCCUACUCCAGACAGUGAAAGACCUCCACUCCAUUUUCCUACUUCGAAUCCAACAUCCGAACGUUUUCCAAAUAAUUCGUCCACCGCUACGAAUCCAAAACCUUCCAUCAUCGACUUAACCACCCUUAACACACAUCAUGCUAGCUCCUCACACCAAAAGUUACCUACUCCUCAAAAUCCAAAUACCAACAUUUUCCAGAAUAUUCCUUCGGUCCGUCAAACCCCUACUCAAAUUGUCCAAAAUCCACCUACCACUCAACCCAUUCCUCUAAAAACUGAUUGUCAUAUUUCAAUAUCGCCAGAAUCAUACCCUCCAUUUACCACACAUAUUGAACUCGAUGAUUGUGAGAAGAAGGAGAAGGAGUGGAAGGUCAUAAAAUGA